GGUCUCAAAGCAUGUUGGGAAAACGGUGGGAGGAGAGGAUUAGGCGCAUAGUUUAUUGGGAUAUGUAGUCCUUCAAAGAAUAACAGACACUAUGUAAUGCUUCUCGUCCCCGCCCCGUUAUUCUUUUGAGGUUCCGCUAAUUAACUCAGGAGGAAAUGGCCAGUUUUGUGUUGCGCGUGGACUUCCUUGCAUGAGAACGGGAAAGAAACAAGUGUUCAGGCGGCUUCUGGCCUUCUCCUCGGGGUCCUUCUCGCGCAGCGGGGGUGAGAGGUCGUCGCGAGGGUGUUUGGAAGAAGAAGGGGAAAGCGUGCGGACCGCUGUGCCGCCGGCUAAUGGUGGCAGGAACAACGGACGGAUCGUUGGUUGGACCAUUUGGAGUUGCGGAAGGAGCAACGCGCUCCCAGUUCCCUUCAGCCAUGUCUUACUGCAGGCAAGAAGGAAAGGACAAAAUUAUAUUUGUGACCAAAGAGGACCAUGAGACACCAAGCAAUGCUGAGCUGGUAGCAGAUGACCCCAACGACCCUUAUGAAGAUCAUGGUUUAAUAUUGCCUAAUGGAGAUAUCAACUGGAAUUGUCCUUGCCUUGGCGGAAUGGCUAGUGGCCCUUGUGGGGAACAAUUCAAAUCAGCAUUUUCCUGUUUCCAUUAUAGCAAUGAAGAAAUAAAGGGAUCAGAUUGUGUGGACCAGUUUCGUGCAAUGCAGGAGUGCAUGCAGAAGUACCCGGAUUUGUACCCUCAAGAAGAUGAUGAUGAUGAAGAAGAAAAGCAGAGCAAAGAUCUGGAAACGACUCCUGUAGCCAAAGAGGAGGUGGGAUCGAGCUAAUGAAGCCGCUCGGAGGCUUUGGUCUCCGUUCCACAUUCAAAGACACGCAAACUUAUUAUGCAAAGCAUCCUCUCUCCCCUUUCUUCCCCCCCCACUCCUUCUCCUGACCCUUCAAGGAGUACGCUUCACCUCUGUGCUGCACACUGUAUCAUGUGAAAUUACUUGCUGCAAGGGAAGACAUCUUGGCCUUACCGUCUUAACAAAUAAAUGCUCCAGAGGUCAAUACAUGCAGGCACUGCCACUGCUUUAAUAAUUAUUUUGCUGUUAACCGUUAUGUUAAGUUUGUUUUGGAGAAAAUUGGUAGAGGCAUGGAGCCAGUGCUCAAUGUGGGGGAAAUCCUUCAGCAAGGAUAUUGGGGCAAUGUUGAUUUCAUUGAAAUUUUGGUCAUUGAUGGUCUCAGAUGUGUUCUAUGCUUUCUUAAAAAAGCACAGACUUCUUAAAACUGUAAGAACUAUUCCAAAACUGUUGAACAUGGCUGAAGUUUUCAUUUGGACAGUGUGUAUGCAUUAAUAGCAUAUCAAAUUUGCAUAUGCUACUGAUUUCUAGUAAUAGUGUGUGUAAAGGGAGUGGGAUUGAUUUUUGCAUUUUUUUAAUGUGUUGAUCAAGUCCUAAUGUGAUAGUGGAAAAUGUUGAUUACUGUGUUUCUGAUGAAGCCUGUUUUGUGGCAUUUCCCUCUGUUCAAGCCUGUCACUUCUCUAGACAGGUUGCUAAAUAGAUGCCUUUGACAGGGAAAUUACGUUACCUGGAGUAACUGUCUCUGACUAGAUAUUGUGACUUGAGUGUGCAUUAAAGGCAAAAUCUGUCUUGCAUUAAA